UAAAUUUUAUAUGAAUACAUACAAUUAUAAAUAUUUCACUUGCCAAGCGGAUCACAGAAUAUAGACUGGUGCAGGUUAGGAAGCAAAGUGAACAGCGUAUCUAGCAUUGGUCGUUGUUUCAGGAGAAUUUCUUCAACUGAAUAAAAUGGCUACAAAAGAUGUCAACUUCUCGAGUGUUUGCCAACGUUUCGCCUACCUGGGAUUUGUCUGGAUGGCUGUCUGUUGUGCAGUAAUUUCUCCGAGAAAAAUGCCUAGAUCAGGAUUCAAAGAGCUGGUCGGCACUGAAGUAUUCAACGUGUGGCACACUGACUGUCCCAGAGGACGCAGCCGUCAAUUGAUACUGAACCGCUGGCAUCUAGCUUGCGAACUAGAUCCAUACAGUCAAAUACACCGUGCAGAUUUAAAGGAGCGAAAGCGGACACCUUUUCUUGAGAAGCAUUAUUCAAAAUUGUUUCUGAAUAAACGGGAAGAGUUUACCUGGUGUCACGGAGGAAGCAUUAUGGAAGAGUGUUGUUACAAGAAAUGCUCCUGGGAGGAGCUUGGGGAAUACUGCGAAGGCAACAAGCCACGACUAAUACAUGUCGGAUUCAAUAACUGUGAGAACGAUGUUCACUGGUAGUUUAAUUAAAAUCCUAUUUCGGGAACAUUUUGAGUACUGAAA